AAUGCCCCGCACCGACGAAGCCGACCACUUCAUCAACGCCGUCUACUCCGCCGUGCAAGAGAUCCCUCGCGGAAGAGUAACGACCUACGGCCAUAUCGCGACGUUAUUAGGAUAUCGUAUGGAACCAGGAAGUGCGGAGCGACAGGCGGAAGCGUUACGAGGUGAAGGGGUGGAGGUGGAGGAGGAUAGUAUGGGGGAGUGGUAUGUGGAUUUUGGACGGUACGGGUGGUUUCCGGAUGUUUUGCCGAGUGAGGAUAGUGAAUAUGAUUUAUGAUCAUAUUGAUGAUGGGGAGGAGGGUGGUAGUUAGGCUACGCAGAUGGAUUUUUCUUAGUGAAGAAC